AAUCAGCUUCUGCCCUGAAAGUUAUGAUGACGUAGAAGGAGUAAGCAAAGUCCAGAGGGAGAACAGCGGCUGCGUGUGCGUGCAUAGGUUUGAAUUGACCGAAAUGCCUCAAAACGCAGAUCUGGAUUCAAACUUAGCGUCAUCGUGUGUCGUUUUAUCAUGAACAUAGGCUAAAUGACAGGUGUGCUUGUUGUUGUGAUAAAACUAGUGAGUUUAUGAGUCAGAGUUGCUGUGGCUACGAGAAGCUCCCAGUUGCGCUGCGCGGAGUUGAACCCCAGUAGGAGCAGCAGCAGCCAGGAGAGGACGACUUUGCCUGACCUCGUUUGCGCUUCGAAUAUGUUCAAAUUCGUCAAGUUUUGCUCUCGAAAAUCUUCGAACUCAUGGUGAAGAGAAAGAAGACGCCGUCUGCUUCCGAAGAGCUCGAGAAUGGGAUGACAGUGGGCCAAGGGGGCGGUUCGGGAGUCGAGGGGCCGAGCAAACCGGACCGAAAGCCCGAAGGAGGCGAGGAUGGAGAGAGCGCAGAUCAGGCGAGCGAGGAGACGAGUACAAAGAGAGUCGGAGAGGAAACACUUAAUCCAUCAAGCGCGGCCAGCCCCGGUUCGGCUCCGACUCUUUCCAGCCAAACAUCAAGCCCACCCGGAGCCCAGGUGAACCCGACAGCGCUUUCCCCAGUCCUGGCCGCCCCGAGCAACCAGGACCAGCAUCAUUUUCUCCGCUCCAGCGUGCGACCUCCGAGCAAGCGGAUACGGAAAGAUGCCUCGUCCCCGGCGCUGAACGGUCACGGCGCUGCGAAAGCGAAAGGUGCAGAAGCAGGUCCCUCUGUGUGUGUGACAGCCACUGCAGGUUCAGCCGGGAGCUCUGGGGCAGGUGGGACAUCCAGAUCGGCCCCAAAGGGCCAGGGUCCUGCAGAGAAGGAGGAAGGGGGGAGUCAGAAACGAGUGCGCAGACAGUGGGAGUCUUGGAGCACUGAGGACAAAAACAGUUUCUUUGAAGGACUUUAUGAGCAUGGGAAGGAUUUUGAAGCUAUUCAGAACAAUAUAGCUCUUAAAUAUAAGAAGAAGGGUAAACCGGCAAGUAUGGUGAAGAACAAGGAGCAGGUGCGGCAUUUCUACUACAGGACCUGGCACAAGAUCUCUAAACACAUUGAUUUCAACAACGUGUAUUCACGUGUGCUGAAAAAGUCCUCUCAGGAGCUCUAUGGCCUCAUCUGUUAUGCUGAACUCAGGAAGAAGGUUGGAGGCUUGAUGGAUGACAAAAAUGUGGCCAAACUAAAUGAGCUUAUCCAACAGGGGGCCACCACAGUACGUUCCAAAGGCAGAAAUCUGAGGAUCAAAGCUCCCAUGUGCCGCGCACUGAAGAAACUCUGCGACCCAGAUGGUGUGAGUGAUGAGGAGGAUCAGAAGCCUGUGCGUUUACCGUUGAAGGUGGCUGUAGAACUUCAACCCCGGAGCAACCACUCCUGGGCUCGGGUUCAGAGUCUAGCCCAUAAUCCUCGGCUCAGGAUGGUCGUGGAGUUGCACCGGAAGGUCUCCACUCUCAUUGAAUUCCUGAAGCAAAAGUGGGCUGUCCAGGAUCAACGAAUUCGUAAGAGUCUUGCAGAACGAGAAGCUCUGGACGGCCUGGCCCAGUCUAGCGAGUCGGAGGACCUGUUCCUGUUUCCUGCAGAGAACAGCACAGUUACUACUUUGCCAGGCGUGGCUCGUGUUGUGCACUCAAAAGCUUCCUGCACGGUACACUGGCAGGAGAGUGGGCGUGGCCGGACAGGUAUUAGGGACUUGCCCGCAGCUCACAUUUUGGGAAUUCAGCCUGCAAGAGGAAAAUCAGGCAAGUAUGGUCCGGUGGGAGGAGACCUGAAAAAAAGCGACGGGCAUCCUGUUGACGGUCCUGAUAGCGGCACUUCAGCUCCAGUGUUGGAGACCAAUGUAAACCCAAACCUGAGCUCUACCUCUCCAGUCAGUCCAACCCUCGCUCCAUCACUCCCCAAUGGACCGGAGGGGAAUGCGGUGGGGACUCUGGAGCAAGAAGCAGUGAGUCAGACUCAGACUGAUGCUAGCGGGCGCGACAAAGAGACUGUGACUCAGGGAGACCCCGCCCCAAUCGAGGGCCGGACUGAGGAGCCUGGAACGGCAGGAGGGGUUGCAUCAGAAAAAGCAGCACCACCACAAUCAGAACCUCAAGGGCGCAGUGAGGAAGUGAGUGGGACUGGACGAUCUCCUCAACAAAUCCAAAACGAAGGUUGGAGCUCACAGGGCUUUGAGAAUGUGACACUGGCAGAAGUCUACCUCAUGCUGGGCAAGCCUGGGAAACUACAGCUGGAGUAUGAAUGGCAGCCUAAACCCCAACCCUCAGCUCUGCCCACCACUCAAAGUGUGCUUCGGUGUCUCCUGAGACUUGUGUCAUCAGAGGUCAACCCCAAACCAACCCCGGAGGUGUGUUCAGUGGGCACUUCACCUUUGAAAUCAGGUCAAGAGGAAUCAUCAGUGACUCCUCCAGGCAGAGCUCCAGCUGGGGCGACCCGUAGUCCUAGCUGGGGUCGACAGCAACAUGCAGCACGCUCAAAAAUACUUCUGAAUAAUGCAGUCAUCACAGGUGGGAGAAACCUGCCGCGUUCUCUGCUGGCCUCCGGAGGUGACAGCGAAGGGUUUGCUGUCCCGACGACCCUGCCUCCUAACAGCUCCCGCCAGUUGCGGAUGUUCUCACCUAAUAAGGAGGCGGAGCUAGCCUUUCGCCAGCAGCUGGACUCCAUCAGUUCAGAUAUAUUUUCAAAGCAGCGGAAAAUAGGGAGGGGGCGUCCACUAAGGAAACCUCUCGUGGUUCAGAGAACCCUGCUGCCACGAACAACUGGAGACACUUCGCCUCAUGUUUGCUCCUUCUCUAUUCUCUCCAAUUCAUCUGCUACAGGAACUGGUUCGUUUCGUCCAAUACAAACUCGUCUCGCUCCAUCGAACCGCCAACUUUCCUCAAAAGCUUCGUCCACUACAGCCAGUUCUGCACCCACUACUCAGCUGUCCAGUGCAAUUGACCUGGCUGCAAAAUCUGCAGGCAUUAUCCCUGGCAGCCCCCGUCGGGAAGUGGAGGCCCCUAGUGUAGAUAAGGCCAUUGUGGAGUCUGAGGAGGCCAUGGACUCUGCACCUGAGCUAGAGCCAGAUCUGCUUGAUCAGGAGCCUUCUGAGGAAUCCCUGCAGAACGGUGUCUCUCCACCAUCUCCAGGGGGCGGGGACUCCCUCUUGGCUCCUCCCAGUGUUGCUUCCCUAUUGGAUAUCUCUCUUCCGGGACCCCCAGAGGAGUCUUUACCUUCUGGAGAGCCACAAACUCAAAUCAGCGACUCUAUUAUUGAGCUCGCCAUCAACUCGCACUAUGGUGAUGGAUCAUUGCUCUCACCUCCUAAACUCAAUGGGAGUGAUAGAUCUAAGCUCCUUCCCUCUUCAUGUGACAGCUGGAUGCCGUCCCCCACACACGACCCUCAGUGGUACCCCAGUGACUCUACCGAUUCAAGUCUCGGCUGCCUGCUCUCAAGUCUGGCAUCUCCUGAUAAUAAGACAAGAAGGACAGCCCUUCCCCCUUCGAGUAGCACAGCCUUACUUGGACCCAGUUUACUGGACAGCAACUCCCACGAUUGUUUUCAGUCCCGCGGCCUGCCGGAUGUAGCUGAGGUGGAUACCCAGCUGGCCUGUAUGAUGAGCGAGAGCAGCGUUGACUACAUCGCCCGCUUCAAUGACCUCGCACAGGAGCUCUCUGUCACAGAACCGACCCUCCCACCUCGUCCAGAGGACUGAUGCUGGAGGCGGUGUCUGUCACUGUUCUGCCCCUUUUCGUAUUGGACAGAAGAAUGUUAGCUGGAGUGCAGUUCAGCUGUAGGAAGUGCAAUAGACUGGCAGGGUCCACAACAGCAUUUGGGCUCUAAUGUGUGCGUGUGAGAGCGAUUGUGUAUGUGUGUGUUGAUUAUUCUGUGGCUGUUGUCUUAUGAACCACACCCAGGACACUUAAACAAAAAAUAAAUAAAUAAAUAAAAACACUCCAGUUUACAGCCAAAACAAGACCUGCCAUAUCUGAACAAAUACCGUCUUCUCAUCUGUAUAUCUAUCUCUAAUGUCUUUGUCUCACUUUUGUGUGUGUGCAUGUGCAUGCAUCUGUAAGUGGAGCCGCGGAUUGCAUGUGUUUUGUCUUUGUGAUGUCUUUCUAUUGUACACAACAUUUGUGCAAAACCCUCUAAAGCCAUAGGAGUGCGUCUGCGCACACCCUCUGUUUAUGAGACCUCCGAUUCUGAUUGGUUUAUUUUCAUCUGAACGUUUUAGGUUGGUGAAAGCCACACUACUGAAAGAGACAAGGGCUUCUUUUUGUGAGAUUAUUACGUGGACUGAAUAUCUAACCACACUAAACAAAAUUACUGAUGCAAAUGCAGUGUAGUUGCAUCAAAAGUGAGAUUAAACAUAUUACGCUAUUUUUCCCCAAAACACUAGGACUUUUGUUUCCUGAUGAAUUAAUAUGAAGCCACUAAUUUGUAGAUUCUAAAACUGAGUUUUCUUAUGUGAGACUUUCUCUGUGUGGGUGGGUGUACAUAUACAAGUGUUUGCACAGAUGUAAAUAGACAAUAACAGUCCCUAGUAUUUACAGCUUUUGUAACAUAUUGUAAAUUAUUGUCAUUUGGAUUUAUUUAUUGAUAACUCACUGAAACAGUGUUUUUUUGUUUAUAACAUGCCACAUGCAGGCAUUUAGGAGCUCCUCUCCACUGUUUUAAAGAAUUCUGUGUUGUUAAAAGGGGAUUUUAAUCCCAAUGUGUAUAAAUACAACUACA